CGUGCACAGUCUGUGUCGCGAGCCAGGAACACAACAACAGUGUGACGGUACCAACGGUCGUAGGUUUGUGAAGGUAGUUUCUGUGUAGUGUCUGUUGCUGUUUGUUGUUACUAGGAGUUGUUAGUAACCCUACAUGAGUGACAGUAACUGAUCUCUCUCAGCUACAUCAAAAUGGUCCAGAAAAGUGCUUAAAGUGAGCAAAAAAGAGGCUGUGUAAGUUGGGAGUUGUCAGGUCUACUGCUACAUUUUUUAUUGUUAUAAGAAACAAACUAAGGUUCGUGUCGUAGUGCAGGUUGCUUUUCUAUCGCGAAAACAGAGCCAUUUAAAGUCAUACAAGUGGUUCGACGGGGUGUACUACGUAACGCAAAUUUUCCCAGUGACAAAGAAAAACACGUCAAAUACGAGUGAAAACCUUCUUUCAGUGUGUUUGUGUGAGUGUAUACGCGAUUGCCAUCAAUAUUGCAAGAGCAGCAUCAAUUCGUGCAUCAAGAUUAACUCUCCAGCGCUGAAGCAGGACGAGCAAAACAUCAUUAGUAAUCCGUACAUUCAGGACCAGUGACGACGUGGAAACAGUGUGCUCACAGUGUGUUUGUUUUUUAGCACUUCCUCCACCGGAAGGAAAUCUUAAGCAGCAGACAAAGACACCCAUUUCCAUCGGAUCCAGCUGCGGACAAAGCAAAGUGGUACGAGAUCCGGAGAGAAAGACUCGUCGCGUCUCGUCUCGUCUCAGCCAAGCGCACUCCGUUUGCACUCCUGCUGUGACUCACCCAACCCAUUCGGGAAGCGAAAGGGGGUGGGAAAAAAAGAAGAAAAGGCAACAUCCGUUUUAGCUGUUUUGGUGUGUGGUUUUCUGUGCAGCGGACAAAAUGGCACUCGAUUUUGCGGCCACGUACAAGGUGCUGGUGCUGGGCGAUUCCAACGUUGGCAAGACGUGCAUCGUACAUCGUUACUGUGACGAGCGGUACUACGACACGUACAUUUCCACGAUCGGAAUCGAUUUCAAGCAGAAACUCAUCAACCUGGACGGUGUGCCGAUCAAGCUACAGAUCUGGGAUACGGCCGGCCAGGAGCGGUUCCGGACACUGACGACUGCCUACUACCGUGGUGCGAUGGGCAUACUGCUGAUGUACGACGUGACGAGCCUGGAGUCAUUCAACAACCUGUCCUACUGGCUACGGAACAUUCAGGAGAACGCGGCUCCAGAUGUGGUGAAAGUUCUGGCUGGCAAUAAGUGUGAAUGCAAUCCACCACAGCGAGCAGUCGACAAAGAACGAGGCGAAAAGAUUGCGGAAAACUUUGACAUGCCGUUCUUCGAAGUGUCGUGCAAACAGAAUAUUAACAUCGAGGACGCAUUCCUGACGCUGGCCCGAAAGAUUCGCGAACAGAGAGAACACCGGGGUGAAAACUUCGAUGAUGGCGAUCGUCAGAAGGGCCUGCAGGAUAUGAUCAAGAACGGACCCGGUUCGAACGGACUGGGCCCAUUUACGUUAGGCAGCGGUGGGGACGGUGGACGCUGUUCCUGCUAAAAAGGUUGCCACACGAAGGAAAACCCCUCGAGGCAACGUAUUUCACAGAGUGGCAAGCUACGGAUGGCGAAGAUAUUAAUAAAACUUUCAACACAAGACUUACAUCGUAAGCGGCAAUUUAAACAAAAGGGGAAAAACUUCAUGAUUUGGUCGCGAAAGGUGCAUUUUGGCACAUUUGGACCGAAAGAGCUAGGGUUACGAUAGUUACCCCUGCAAUUGUACCGAAUGUCGCUUCGUCACUACAGUAUGCAGAGCACAAAUUGGGAAGACACAGUGAUCGCGAACGGCAGCAAGCGGGAUGCAGAAGAAACGCAAGGCUAAAAGAUUAAUUUGAAUUAUUUUAAAUACCACAUACAACAAAAAAUCAAUACUUUAGAUGAACAACAACAUUCCUGUCAUACGCUGCCUACCGAGCGAGCAGCUUACCGUGGUAAACCUAAUUACCACAGCCGAAUAAAGCAUUGAGCUAGCUGACGGUGUUAUUUUACGGUUCUCUUCCCGAAGGAUUUUUUCUAAAUUUUAUUAGCAAUGCUCAGUCAAUCCUACUUAUCCUUGAACCGCGGAAAGCUGCACUCGCUAAGUGGAACAUUUAAUCAAUUUAGACAAUUUUAACCCGUUGCAAUUAAUUAGCUAAAAUCACGCAUAACCGUGUGGGAAGAGAAGGAGAAAUUACACAAGGAAAUGAAACAAAUUUGGUGCAAAAACACGCAAAUCAGUAAGACAACAUGAUAAACAAACAAAUAGCAUGUAAAAAGGAUGAACAGUCUUUCAACAAGCCUUUAAGCAUUUGUUUUAAGUAGUGCAGAAAUGUUCUGUUAGUGUUUUCGUUUGGUCCAGCCACAAUACAGUUGCAUCCUAUGUAUUAACCAUUAAUGCAAUUAGUUUUUAUAACCAAAAACAGUACGAUCUCAUAGAAAAGUGCAGAAUCACGAUCAGUUUCUCAAGUGUAAUAUUUCAGUUUUGUUACAAUUGAUAUAUUGUUUAUAGCUGGCUAUAAUACGAUCGAUUUUAAUUACAACAUCAGCAACUAACCUCAAAGGGGCGCUGCAAUACACUUGAGAGAAUUCAAUCAUUCUUUGAUACUAUUCAAACUUAAUGUUGAUGGAGCUCUCAUUUCCCUUACCUUGGUCAUACUACCGCUCAAGCUCAUAAUUGGAUCGGAAUGUGUCGGGGGAAAAACAACAUUCAGAAGUAACACGUAUAGCGUAUGUAAUAGCCAAAUUUAUACCCACAUAUUAUUUUAGUUGAAUAGAUCAUUGUUUAAUGAUAAGAAUGCAUUAAAAAAAAAACAAGCCACCGUUUUCGAUUUAAAAGGUGAGAAAUUUGGUGGCCGGCAGGAGCGCGUGUGGUGGAAAGUUUAGCACGAGACAGGGGCACAACACUAAGAGCCAUUCAAAUCUUAAGCAUUACCGCUAAAAAACAGGGGAAAGGCGAUACUACUAAACGAUAAGCGAGUAAGAUAAUUAUUAAAGCGAAAGGUAAAACUAACGUAACACGAUUGUGGCAAGGACGAAAGUACAGUUUAGGUUCUGGGCUGAAGAAAAGUGUAAGAGUCAUUACGAGUAUGAGGAGCUAGAUACGAGGAUAGGAACGUAUGAUUUCGAUCUCCCUGAAACGUGGCUUCAAUCUAAUCGAGUUCAUUGAGUUUACCAGCAAGUUGGAUGCGUCGCGAUCAUUCGUGUUCGUAUGGGCAGAUAGAACGAUCAACCCUUGAUACCCUGUACAUGAGCAGGCGAGUUUACACGAAUGGAGAGAUGACGUGUCGAAAGCGGAAGCACGAUUAGCAGAUGGGGAGGUGGCAUUUGCGUUGUAAAAUUGAUGGUAGUUUUCUUUGGACUAUUUCGAAAUAAAAUUAUCAGGAAAAAAGUAACACAAA